AUGGCUUCAAGUAUCUGUUCCUACAUGAAAAACGUCAAGCCCAAUUAUAAAACAAGAAAACAAAAGAAAACAAAAGAUCUGCUAACAAAAUCAUCAAAUCCUUCGACAACUUAUGGGUAUUUUUCUCUUCUGCCAAAAGAGAUGCGCUUUCAAGUUUUUUCAACAAUUCCUUUGGCUGACUUAGGAAAUCUGGCCCUCACGUCCAGACCAUUGAGGGAUUGUGUGUUGGAGUUUAUCGAGAGUAAACAAGGGCUUGAGAAAAUACUCCCCUCUAUAGCGGUGUCGGAAGAGAGUGCAAGUCAUAUCGAAGAAGUUGUUUUGUUUGAUGAUGCUAUGAAAUAUACUGAGCAUUUUGGAGAUCUUGUGGGGGAAAAAGUGGGCUUCGAAGACACUGAGUCAAGCCCCCUGAGGAUGCUGAAGGACACACAUUCAUUACUAUGCUCUCAGUUUGGUAGUGAGUUCGCUUACAGCUGCUAUGGGUCGUUCCUUCGCGCAUUCAUCGCAGGAUGGGAAAACGAUGAGAAACUAAGGGCAUACAAUGCGAUAAAAGGUGCCUCAUGUUUGGACGAGAGAAUAGAGAAAGUGCUCAAUUCGUCUCCCGGUACCUACCCUUGGUUUGAAAAGUACAUUCGGGUGUUCUGUCGUGAGAUUUUCCUGAACAAAGCCCUUGAUGACCAAGAUAGGGGGUUCUGGUUGUCGACUAUAUUGAAGCCAUGGCCACUUGUCUUUCAAGCAAGACUUCUGUACAUUUUGUACGGACCUUUCUAUCGUGAUACAGGUCUCAUCAACUGGGUAGUCAUGUCCACGUGUCCUACAUUCUAUGGCGUCGACGACAUUGAAAUAAGAGAUCUCGCAGAAGCUUUGACACUGCUGCACAAGGAAUGCGAGAAGACCUGGAAUGAUGAUGAUAUCAUAAGCGUCAUAGAGGAACUCUCAGUUAUAACUAAUGACUGGUGUCUAGAGAACACAGCCAAGCUUCUUGUCAUGUGCGGCGAAGAAAUCACUUACGCAGUUCUGGGAAGCAAAGCUGUAAAUGGAAGAGUACACGAAUUAGCUUAUCUUGGAUAUUAUGUGACGCAGCUCGCGGGUCGUUAUGAUAUGGGAAGAAGCAAAAGCAAAAAACUAGAAUCGUUCAUGGGGCUAAUCAAGAAAAUCCUCACCGCCAUGCCAGGAUACAAAAAUAAAGUAUCUUUCACCAUGUCGCUAUUCAACGUAUGGGAAGAGAAUAUUAUUACUCUUACUGAAGCAAUACAGGAGGAUACAGAACGCGAAGGAUCACCAGAAGAACAAGAACAAGCACUUAUUGAAACAGUCCACAAUCUCUCCAAGGUGGCGGCGUUUCUUCUAAAAGAAUCCAUUGCUAAAUGA